AUGAGCAGCUUUAAUAUUGAUCAAUACGAAAUUACUGUCAGUCUUGACGAUACAGUUGUCAAGGAGAACGAAGAAGGCACGAUCAAGCCUUUUUAUCCAGUAAAUUAUUCAUUUUUUCCUUAUUUGGUUCAAUUCAGUUUUGCAGAAGCUAGACGCCAGUACGGAUGUAAAUGCAGAGUGUACUGCGCUUUUGAAAACUAAAAAUGUGAAAUCAAACACAAGCAAACGUAGCUUUCUUGAUAGCGCAAAGGAAUUUCGUAUUUGGUUGAUAGAAAAGCUUAAGCAUCAGCAGUUGGCUAGCCCAACAAAAAUUGCUAUCGCAAGUUUUCCAACAUAAAUUGUGAUUUUAAUGAAAUAACGUUUAGAUAGAAGAAGUUGGAGAAGUCAGGUGUUUGACUUAUAAAGAACUAGUAGACGGAUGUAAUAAAACGGCCAAUUUUAUGUCCCAUCAUGGCGUGAAAAAAGGAGACAGAAUAUUUAUGUGUAUGGAAAACUGCGUGGAAUACGUUCUGUAUCAACUAGGGGCAUUCUGCUUAGGAGCGAUUCCUGUUCUUGUCAGUCCGAGUCAUCUAAGUACAUCAAACAUUCAAACUUUCCGGAGAAACAGUAUGUGUCUAUUUCAGCUAUUGGAAAAGUAGACAUUUUAAAUUGUACGGCAGCUAUUGUGGAUUUUGAAAACUAUGGCCAUGUUCUUCGCACUACGCAUAAUGUGAUGAAAAGCAUAGAAGUGAGUGACUGCACAUAAAAAAGUUAAUCUUGAUGUUUCAGAGAGUUUUUGUAUUGGCAGACGAAAUUUCUGCAAUUAGCAUUCCGCGACACCUUUGGAUCAUUGAUGGUUUUGGUUUUUUGAGUUUCUCACCGGAACAAAAUAUAACAGAGCGUUCAGACAAUAACACUGCAUUUAUCAUUCCCGGAAGGUAAACAAUUAAAAAAAAGUGUUCUGGAUGUCAUAUUUCAGUAAUUAUUUACACCAAUAUAUUUCACAUACAUCCAAAAGUAGUUUUCAACAUUGUGGUUAUUUCGAGCAACUUUCCAAAAUGCUAGUUCCAAAAUCUGAAACCUCCGUGAAUCAUCUGGUCUCUAAUGGUUUACAUUGUCACAAUGCUUUUUCACACCUUCUUAGCAUUCUUGCAAGAGGGGACACUUGUGUUUUAGCAGAAUCCACUCUUGAUGUUUGGAGAGCCUCUUUUUUGGACCGUAUUGCAGGAAUUAUUGAACAGUACCGAGUGCGUUUUUAUUUUAACGGUGUGAUAGACGCUUACAGUGUUUUUUUUCAGAUUCCAGUACUCAUUUCCAACUCUCAAUUGCUGAAAUGUUUCAUUAAAUAUGAAGUGCACAAAGUGUACAACCUGAAAUCUCUUCAAGUAUGUAAACUUCUUAAAGUUUCCAUAGUUUUCAUGUGUAUGUUGACUUUUUUCUAGAUAAUAUCAAAUCACGGAACUGUCGUUUCUGUAUCAACUGCAAAGAGGAUUAAAAAAAUGCUGGAUAUUACUUUGAUACAAGCAUAUUCUGCGCCCGAAUUCGGUGUGAGCUGUUUUGGGGUUUUCAAUGAAACUGAAAACGAUGAACUUGUAAAUUGUGGAUUCCCAACAGAAUUGAUGAAAAUAAAAGUGAUUUUUUCAAUGAAUUCCUUACGACGAUAAACCAAAAAUUAUGCAGAUAGCCAAUUUGGAAACGGAAAGAGAAGUAGACAAUAACGAAUGGGGACAGAUCAUUUUAUGUGGAGAAAAUCUGUUUAGUGGGUAUGCUGGUUGCAAUCAGAACUUACAACAGUUUUCAAAAAUAUGGUUUAAAACUGGUUAGCUACAAAUUAUAUAUAGAAAAAAAAUGACAGCUUUGAAGGUGAUUUUGGAAUGAUAGAAAAAAACGGAAGAGUGCAUUGCGAAGGACGAAUUACCGAACUAAUUCAAACACAAGAGAACAAGGUGACACAUUACUUCACUUUUUCUAUUCUUUUCUGUAUCAAUUUACAGAUUUCAUCCGAAAGAAUAGAGAGUAUAAUCUGUGAGCACAAAUUGGUUGAAGAUGCUGUCAUUAUGCAGAAAAAUUCCGAAAUCUGGUGUGGGAUUUUGCUAAAAAAUGAGAACAACUGCCCAAGCGUCGAUGUAAUUGUAAAACACCUUAAAAGUGAGUCAGAGCAAUUGUCAUAAGUGAAAUCUUUUAUUUUCAGAACGCGAUGUGCACUUGACAAUUAACAAGCUUGCUUUGCUCGACUUCAUUCCAAGAUCUGAGAAUGGAAUGUUAAUUCGAAGUGAAAUUCCAUACCUAUUGAACUUGGAGACCCGUGAAGAAACAACUGAAGACUUGAGUGAAUCGUAUAUUUAG